CGCUCAUCGGAAAAGCACACGCACACACUCGCGAUUCAAUCAUGGCCCAGGGAGACUACCGCGUCGCCGACAUCUCGCUCGCCGACUUCGGUCGCCGGGAGAUCGAGCUCGCCGAGUAUGAGAUGCCCGGCCUCAUGAAGACGGUCGAGGAGUACGGCGCGGCGCAGCCCCUCAAGGGCGCGCGCAUCGCCGGCUCGCUCCACAUGACGAUCCAGACGGCCGUGCUCAUCGAGACGCUCAAGAAGCUCGGCGGCGACAUCCGCUGGUGCUCGUGCAACAUCUUCUCGACGCAGGACCACGCCGCGGCGGCCAUCGCCCGCGACGAGUCCGCCGCCGUCUUCGCCUGGAAGGGCGAGACCCUCGAGGAGUACUGGGAGUGCACGAUGAACGCGAUCACGUGGACGUCGCCGGACGCCAAGGGCGACGGCCCGGACCUCAUCGUCGACGACGGCGGCGACAUGACGCUCCUCGUCCACGAGGGCUUCAAGGCGGAGAACGCCUACGCCAAGGACGGCACGCUCCCCGACCCGUCGUCCACGGACAACGCGGAGUUCAAGAUCGUGCUCACGAUCAUCAAGCGCACGCUCCCGACGCAGCCCGACAAGUGGCACAAGGUCGCCGCGCGCAUGAAGGGCGUCUCCGAGGAGACGACGACGGGCGUCCACCGCCUCUACACCAUGUCCAAGGACGGCGAGCUCCUCUUCCCGGCCAUCAACGUCAACGACUCGGUCACCAAGUCCAAGUUCGACAACCUCUACGGCUGCAAGCACUCCGUCAUCGACGGCAUCUGCCGCGCGACGGACGUCAUGAUGGCGGGCAAGCGCGCCGUCAUCUGCGGCUACGGCGACGUCGGCAAGGGCUGCGCCUUCGCGAUGAAGGCCGCGGGCUGCAUCACGACGGUCACGGAGUGCGACCCCAUCUGCGCGCUCCAGGCGUCCAUGGAGGGCUUCGCGGUCAAGACCCUCGAGUCCCAGCUCGAGAGCCUCGACAUCAUCAUCACGACGACGGGCAACAAGGGCAUCAUCAUGACCAAGCACAUGGAGAAGAUGCGCGACAACGCGAUCGUCGGCAACAUCGGCCACUUCGACAACGAGAUCGACAUGGACGGCCUCAUGAAGGUGACGACGCGCGUCAACAUCAAGCCCCAGGUCGACAAGUUCCUCUUCAAGAACGGCAAGGGCCCCAUCCUCCUCGCCGAGGGCCGCCUCCUCAACCUCGGCUGCGCGACCGGCCACCCGUCGUUCGUCAUGUCCAACUCCUUCACGAACCAGACGCUCGCCCAGCUCGAGCUCUGGAAGGAGAAGGACACGGGCAAGUACGAGAUCGGCAAGGUCUACACGCUGCCCAAGAUCCUCGACGAGAAGGUCGCCGCGCUCCACCUCUCGUCGCUCGGCGUCGACCUCACGAUCCUCUCCGACGAGCAGGCCGACUACAUCGGCGUGCCCAAGAAGGGCCCCUUCAAGCCCGACACGUACCGCUACUAGGCGGCUUCCAGCGCGUCCGCACCUCGCCCGCCACAUCCUGUCGCGACGCUCCGGGCCCCGGCGCUCCACGCGCGCCGCGCCCAGGGCACCCGCGCCGCCGCCUCCGGCGACGCCGCGCGUGCCCGGGGUCUAAACCCGCACUUUCGUGA